GACAGCAACUUCUGGCAUUUUAUCCUGUCCGCUCAACAGUUUCCUGUCAACGUCCUGCAGCAACAGCAGCAGCAGCAGCAGCACGGCGUGUCCUUACGUCACAUUACAAAGCACACAUACAUAUAUACAUUUUGUUGAUUAGUUUAUCAACGUUCGCAGGCAUAUUUACACAGUUAACGCACACAUAGAUACAAAAAGGACACAAAAAGGACACAAAGGCAGCGGACAUAUUUUCCACUUGUAUGUGUGUUAAAUGAUGAACCGCGAGAAUGGCGCAUAAUAAAGUGUAAUGCCUGGGCCGCCCACCUGCCAGGCACGUGCUGUAAAAUCUACUGUGUGUGUGUGUGUGUCCUCCCACUCAACUUGAGCAGCAGUUAUAUAAGGCCAACGAAUUUGCCUAAACACACAUACACCCAUACAUACACACAGACAGCAAAGUGAGCAAAAAGCUAAUGGUAAUCAAAAUUCAUAAACUCUUUUAUUACGUCCUAAUUGCUGCAGCGUAAAAACAACGUUUUAUUGAAAGCAAAAUUAACAGCGCACAUACAUUAGAGGCAGCCACAUUAGCUACUACUGGAUGGCAUCUAUUUACCGUUGUGUGCUACGCUUAUUAUCAAUUAUUGUGUGUAUGCGUGUAAGCUCUUGUCGUGAUUGAUUUAUUAUUGUCACGCAUUGCAAAUAGUUGUCAGGAGUGUCCUUGUGGCUGCCAUUCUAAUAAUGCACUAAAACCAAUUUGUCUGCAUGAUUAAUCUAUGCAUGCACGUCAAUCGACGACGACACAUUUUUUAUUAUUACUUUUUUGGGCUGUGACGUAAGACGUAUGGUUGAGUUUUACUCAACAAGUGCUUCAGAAAGUUUAUUAUAAGUGCCACAGCACUAAAAGUGUACGCCAAGGCAGCUAAAAAACUGAUGCUGAAUGCUGCAGCGUAAUAAAAUUAAAGCUGAAAACAGUUUGUGCUUGGAAUUUAAACUAAUUGAAAGUGCAAUCUUUUAGCUAACUAAUAGUGAUGCUUGCAUUUGGCUCCAAUAAGUAUGCAACGAAGCAUGUCGAUUGAUACUUUAGUUACGUGAAUCGCACACACUCACACAAGCAUAUGCACACACAUACGCACAAAAGAAACGCACACACACGCACACACAAAGCGAACGCAAUUGGUAUUUGUGUUUAGCACUUUGAGCGCACACACACACAAAUUAAAAGCGAUUAAUUUAAUUAACUCUGAAACAAAACUUUUGAAAACUACGUAACGACGUAAAAUCAACAAAAUGGCGAACACAGCACAAUUACUGCGACGUCAAAGCUCGCGCGACAUUGUGCUCAAAAGCCAGAAGAGCAUUGAUCAGCUGGAGCUAAGAGAGCUGCGCGGACGCUUGGUGCCCAAGGAACAUGGCGUUAGCCAUCAUCAUCACACAUCGCUGCAUCAACAUCAUCAGCCGAUGUAUGGCGCCACAAAUCAGGGCUUUAUGUCAGAUGCAUUUGAUGAAUCAUCGGAGCUGGAGCAGGAGCCCGCCUUUGGCUCAGAGGCAAGCACCAGCAAAGCUAAGGCAGAGAUUCUUGCAGCGGCAGCCGAACAGCAGGACAUUGUUGAAGGCGAAAAGGAGGGCGAGGAGCGUGAGAGCUGGGACAGCAAAAUUAUGUUUCUAUUGGCCACCAUAGGCUAUGCUGUGGGCUUGGGCAAUGUCUGGCGCUUUCCCUACUUGGCGCAAAAGAAUGGCGGCGGCGCUUUUCUGGUGCCCUACUUCAUUAUGCUCUGCGUACAGGGCAUACCCAUUUUCUAUUUGGAGCUGGCCAUUGGUCAGCGCUUGCGCAAGGGCGCCAUUGGCGUGUGGAGUCAAGUGUCGCCCUAUUUGGGCGGCAUUGGCAUCUCCUCGGCCGUUGUUAGCUUCAUUGUGGCGCUUUACUACAACACGAUUAUCGCCUGGUGCUUGAUCUAUUUGCUGCACAGCUUCGAGUCGCCGCUGCCCUGGGCUGACUGCCCUACGCGUCUCUACAAGAACUUUACCUACGAUCAUGAGCCGGAGUGCGUGGCCUCAUCGCCCACGGCGUUCUAUUGGUAUCGCACCACUUUGCAGUGCUCGGAGAGCGUCGAUAUGCCGGAGAACUUCAAUUAUCACAUGGCCAUUGCUUUGAUUGUCUCCUGGUUCUUGGUCUACAUAUGCAUGGUGCAGGGCAUUACCUCGUCGGGCAAAAUUGUCUACAUGACCGCCAUUUUUCCCUAUGUGGUGCUCAUUAUAUUUUUCUUUCGCGGCAUUACGCUCAAGGGCGCCGCCGAUGGAGUUGCGCAUUUGUUUACACCGCGCUGGGAAACGCUGCUGGAUCCAGUUGUGUGGCUGGAGGCCGGCACACAAAUAUUCUUCUCGCUGGGCUUGGCUUUUGGCGGCUUGAUUGCCUUCAGCUCCUACAAUCCGGCGAACAACAAUUGCUAUAGAGAUGCCAUCUUGGUAUCGCUCACCAAUUGCGGCACUUCCAUGUUUGCUGGCGUCGUAGUCUUCUCGGUUAUUGGCUUUAAGGCUACGGCUACGUUUGAUCGCUGCACCGAAGAGCGCGCCUCCCUGGUAUUCCAGAAUCGCACCAGCAAUUUGCCCAUUUGUGAUCUGCAGAAGGAACUGGCCAAUAGCGCCUCAGGCACUGGACUGGCAUUCAUCAUUUUUACGGAGGCCAUCAAUCAAUUUCCAGGCGCACAGCUCUGGGCUGUGCUCUUCUUUCUCAUGCUGUUCACCCUGGGCAUUGAUUCGCAGUUUGGCACGCUAGAGGGCGUUGUUACCUCGCUGGUGGACAUGAAACUGUUUCCCAAUAUGCCCAAGGAGUACAUAGUGGGCGCCCUGUGCCUCUCCUGCUGUCUCAUAUCCAUGUGCUUUGCCAAUGGCGCCGGCAGCUACAUCUUUCAGCUGAUGGACAGCUUUGCCGGCAACUUUCCGCUGCUGAUCAUUGCGCUCUUCGAGUGCCUGGCCAUUAGCUAUAUCUAUGGCGUGCGUCGCUUCUCGGAUGACAUUGAAAUGAUGACGGGCUCCAGGCCCAGUUUCUAUUGGAUGUUCUGCUGGAAGUAUUUGUCACCCGCCGCUAUGGUGACCAUACUAAUGGCCUCGCUGUAUCAGCUGGUGACCGAUGGCAGCAGCUAUCCGGCCUGGAUUGCAGCCCAAGGUGCCACACAGUCCAUGGAGUGGCCACAUUGGUGCAUUGUCAUUGCCUUUAUACUCAUCUUCUCCUCCAUACUGUGGAUACCCAUUGUGGCCGUGCUGCGUCUGUGCGGCAUUAAGGUCGUUGAGGAUACCGAUCCCGCCUGGUUCCCAGAGGCGGAGCUUAAGGAGGUGCAUGGCAUUGUGCCGCACGAGCCCACUGAGCUGGAGCGCAGCAUUUUCUGCUUCAACAUGGACGGCACGGAGGGCAUGUGCUGUCCCAAGUAUGGACUGCCCGAGAAGUCGCUCGAGGAGGAGGAGGAGUAAAUUCCAAGCCAAUACCCCAUCACAAUAACUGUAAAUAUGGACAAUAACUGAAUCCACAAUUCGCUCAUCCGAUCCACAGCAGCGUCGGUAUGUAUUAAAUACGUUUGUAUGUUCCCUAAGACUGCUCGCAAAAUAACAAUAACAAAAAGACAAUUUAAUUAAUUUCGUUUAGUUUGUAGUAAGAGAAUCCGCAAGAAAAUUAAAGCAAAUGAAAACUACGCGCGGUUUCAAUGAAACAAUAGCUAACCAAACUAUAUACAAUGUUAAUGAUAACAGCUAAACUAAUUAUUUUACUGCAUAGUUAAUAUACGCAAUGCAUAACUUAGUUAGCGACGAUAAUAUAUAACAAAACAUAUCCGAAUAUUUCAUUCCCAACACUGGGGCAAGUGCAAUGCUCAGAAAUCGCCUCGUGCGCUAUUUAAUUUUUGUUUUGUUUAGCGAAUUGAGAUUGCUGACUAUAACUAAUAAACAAUAUAUGUAUGUAUACCUAUUUAAUAAUAAUCAUACAAUAUCAUAUUACAUUAUACGAUUGUGUGUUGAGCAUUUAGUUUUAUGUUUAAUCCAACAAUAUUUUGUGGGCUUGUGUUUUUCGAAUCUGUGACAAUAUCUUCAAGUGCUAUUUUUAUGUACCAUAUAAAAUAAUAAUAUAAUCGUAAGCAAUCAUAGCAUAUCUUUUAUGUUUAGAUUAUAAACGAAUUCAAUGCAAUGCUGUAUACCACCAGAGAAACGUCAGAAAUAUAAUAGCAGAGACAUAGCCAUAUGCAUAUGCUUAUAUACUACUAUAUACACAUGAUAUAUGUAUCUGAACGUUAACGUAUUAUAUCAUUUAAUUGUUGUGAUUAAGCUUUCUAUGUUGUUGUUGUUAUGCCAAAACUUAUUGCAUAUCGACUAAUUCCCAUAACGAACACAAAUCUAUCAAAAAAAAAAAAAAAAUCUGAGUGUAAAAUUUGUUGCCGUUAUACGAUUAAUUCUAAAUAUCAAGCAAAUUAUAGAUAUCUAAAUGUCUAGCUGUGUAAUGCGCAAACUAUAAUUCAAAGUUAAUAUGCUCUUGCCAUAAAACUUGACUGCGCUGAUUAUAAACAUAAUUAUUAUAUAUCAAGCAGUUUAUGUUUUAGCUACAGCAAGAGUAUUGUCGACUAUUAGCAGUAAUAACUUAACUUAACAAAAGGUGAUAAGAGCCAGCAAUACAUACAUACGUAUAUCCAUAGUUUUGAGUUAAACUAACUAGCUAUAUAAUGCUACAUUAAUGAUAUAUGUGUAUAUAUUUAACACGCAUGCUCAAAAACGAAGCCGUUCAGCUAACUAAAACCGAUUAAUUCUAAUAGCUAUAGAGCACAUAAAAAUUAAAUUUAUUAUAUGCAUAUACAUAUUUUUUGUGUGUUAAACAUAAC